AUGUUAGAGAGAGAGCAUGGGCUAUUAGAUGGACUGGAUGUAUUGCAACGAAACAGACUGAGUUCCUUGAAGCAGGAAUUUGUGGCCCAGAGCAUCACGGGCACCUACAGGAACUUGACUGCUCAGGACUUUAUCAGGUUGGGCAACCUCUCAUGCCUGGCAGAGCCAAGCGACCUCCUGGUGUACAAAAGCAGUGAGACCUUCAGCAUCAUCUGGGAUGUCAUCAUGAACUGCACUCGUGACGGAUUCAGCCUGCCCAGUCAUUUGACCUCCGGUCUUUUACUGAACAGCACUGAGUUGAAGAUCCCAUCCUCACUCAGUCCAGACAAACUGGCAGCUAUUGCCCAUCUCCUGCCCUCCCUUGGUGCCACGUUCCUGCAGGGCCUCUCCCCGUCGCAGCUUCUUGCAGCCCUUCCUGCCCUCAACACGGUGUCCUUCAGCCCUGUACAGGCUUCCAUCAUUGUUGAGAAGUUGUCAUCUAUCAACAUCCUGAGCCCUCUAGGACGCCUGCAGGAGCUUGGCUCACUCACCGUGGGAGUAAAGACGGAGACGUUGCUGAUGCUGACGUCUGACAGGCUGCUGGCAUCCCUCCCUGACAUGGCCCAACACACCGCAGGCCUCCGUCCACCUCAAGCAAACGCCAUCGCCACCAAACUUUGGGGUUUUCCAGAGGUGAUCUACUGGUUGGAUGACGUCGAGCCACUGCUUUGUUGCACGCCUCUGCUCAGUGUCCUGCCCAGAACACGCAUGCUGGUGGAUAACAUCUCUACUGCAUCCACUAAACCUUGGAGCACACAGCAGGCCAAAGCUAUAUUCAAAGUGGUGCUGGAUCGUAAACCAAGCCUGAUACAAGAAGAUUUCCUGAGUCUUGGGAUGCUGGGACUGGGCGUGAGCUGCCAAGUCUUACAGCAGCAUCUCAGAGCCGAUACCUCACCCGCAGCGGUGAGGAGAAUCUUGGCCCUGCUCAGACAGCAACCCGGUCCUCUGCACACCUCGCUGAAAAAGUGCGUGAUCGAGGAGCUGUAUCGGUUUGAAUUCUUCUCUGAACUGUUUGAAGACCUCGGAGUUGAGAUUGCCUUGUCCAUGCCGGUGAGCACCAUUAAAAAGUUCCCUUCCGACAUGAUGGACACUUUGCGGCGAAUGAUUGUUGAGGACUCUGCCCCCUUUUUUAUGAUGUCCACAACAGAACAGGAGCUCCUUGUGGACAAGAUGGUGCAGAGGAUGGGCAUGUACACUGGCGUGUACACCGAGGAGGAGUUCCGGUCGCUGGGAGUCAUGGCCACUUUUGUGUCAGAUGAGAUUUUGAUCCAGCUGGAUCGCACAUUCUUCAGGGACAAUCUGGAUUUCCUCCAGACUCUCUGCUACAGCAGCAGGAAGAUGGACAUCGUGGCUCGGAUGUUGCUUGAAGUUGCAGUCUUUGGCCCAGCGGUGCAAAACUGGAACCACACCACACUCAGUCAGGUGGACCGGUUUCUCUUCUUCCUUCCUCAGGACCGACUGCAGGAGAUUUCUUUGGCAUUGAUGACUGUGGGCCGUAUAGAGAAGCUGUUCAUGAGACAGCGUCAGUGGGAACGAGGGCUUGUGGGGCUCCGCUGUUUGGAUGAAAGCCAGAAGAGGCGGUUUGCCGAAAAGCAGCAGUUUGUUCUCCAGUUCUUUCUGGGAUUCCUAAAGAUAAAUCCUCUGUCACCGGCUCCUAUGGUUCCUAGCUGUGAGAUUUUGCAUACGACGGCUCCAUCUGCAUGGACCUCAAACAGCCUGGCAAGCAUGUCGUCAUCAGCCUUCACCAACUGUCUGGAGCUGAUUGGGCUCGACCCCUUCCUUGCGUCUUACCAACGCAGCCAAGUCUUCAACAAAGUCAAACAACUGUACGGGCCAUUCUCCUCCUUCUCCCAGUCCGUCAUCAGUCAGCUGGGCCGACUGGCACUGGAGAUGUCUCCGGAGGAUCUGAGCAAGUUGCGACUGACUGAAAGGAGAAGCAUCGCUGCCAUGGGCGCUAUCGGCGAAUGGAGCACCAGACAGCUGGCUGCACUGUUUGCGGCCACACUGAACUCCACCAAGCUGAAUCCCAGCCAGCUUGACUCCAGCACGCUCGUUGCAGUCGGACACAUGGUGUGCGGCGCUAAAGCCACAGACAUGAGCUCGUUUAAUGCUGUAGAGUUUAGUAAGGCGGUGCUCUGGCUGGGUCAGCUCAGGCUGGCCUGCUCUGAAGAACAACUGUUGGCCCUUGCGGGCCUGCUGACCCACAGUCUUGCGUUUGGACCCAUUAGUUCCUGGGGAAUGGAUGUCUUUAUUGAGAUUGGAGUUCUGGCAGCUGGUCUCCCAGAUAUGGCCAUGUCAGCCUUGGUGAAAGAGCAAAUAGAAGGAAUGUCCCCUUUGGCUAUCUCAAUGAUAACACCUGAUAAGUUUGCUGUGGUGUUCCACCAGAGGCAGAUAAGCAUGUUCUCCUAUGAGCAGGCGGCUGCGGUGACAGACGCGCAGCUCUCAGCCCUAUCGGACGUUCAGAAGACGGCGCUGGCUAUGGUACUGAUGCCCUGGGAAGACAGACAUGUGGACUUCAGAGGGAGGUCACAGGGCCAGGUGGUGUGUUCCAGUUCUCUGUGCCUGAUCCUGGCCCUGCUGAUGGUGCUGAUGGUACUUGCCCAUCCUGCGUCAUCACCCUGCUAACCCCUGCUGGAUCACGAUGGGCCUCCUCAUCCACAUGACCAACAAUCUAUAAUUUAUCUCUACAUAUAUAUAUAUCUCGAUGUAUAAUGUACUUUUAUGAUGUUUAUUUGUUGACAUUGUUUAAAUGUAAUGCUGCUCCUAUAUGUGCAUUAUUAUUGAUUGGGAGUUAUUCAUUCACUACAUGAUUA